AUGGAGCGCGUCAUGUCCCCGUAUACUGAUCCAGCGAGUCGAGCUGCAGAUGGCACAUUUCCCUUAGAUCAGACUGACGUCCAUACCCUCUCCAACGAAUCCCUUGCCGGGCUUCUCUACUCCUCCCCUGCACUUUAUGACCUUGGUCAAACGACUGUUGUGCGGCUGUCAAAGACUCUAGCCAUGAAAGGUGGAGGAAAUGUCCUCCCUAGCGAGGCGGCAGUGAUGCACGUUGCUGCUGAGGCUGGCAUCCGAACCCCACGCGUUCAUCGAUCUUGGCAGGUAGACGACGACACUAAAUAUUUUGGGACCAUGGGCUAUAUUGUCAUGGAUUACAUCGAUGGUCAGCCGCUCGAUAGCUGCUGGGAAGGCCUGAGCAACGAGCGGAAGUUGAAAGUAGCGAAUCAGGUCGUGAAAAUGAUAUCGAAGUUGCAAUCUGUCAAGCUACCACGCCCAGGGCCGAUCGGUGGCGGGCCCUGUCGUGGCCAAUUCUUCACUCACUAUACCGCUGGUCCUUUCGGAGAUACGUCUGAGAUGCAAGAGUGGUUCAAUCACAAGCUUGAAAUCGCCAAAGCCUGGAACAAGGCGCCAAACGACAUACCCGAUUUCAAAUUUGAGGAGUUUGUCCUUACCCAUCAGGACGUAAGUCCCCGGAAUCUUAUCUUAGACGCCGAUGGACAGGUGUGGUUGGUUGAUUGGGCUGAUGCUGGCGCGUACCCCCGCGCAUUUGAGACCGCCGCCAUAUCCUCCCAAUCCAGCUUUCCCGACUUCAACAACAUGGUGGUAUCCCGUUUACCGCGUUAUCAACAAGAGGAGGAGCAAUUACAUUCCAUCGAAUACGUUCUCUCUGUUGCCCCAUUGGCGUAA